AUGCACGAGAAUACUAUUAGAACUGUUGAAGGGUACUCGGAUAUAAUUGUGAUGAGGCACUUUGAAAGUGGCGCUGCCCAAAGAGCAGCUGCUACCGCCAGUAUUCCUGUUAUUAAUGCUGGGGAUGGUCCAGGAAAUCAUUCAACUAAACACUGCUUGUGCUUUGUAUCCAUGAUACUGGCUCUUCUAGACGUAUACACAAUUGAGAGAGAAAUAGGAAAGCUAGAUGGAAUUAAAGUUGGUCUUGUUGGAGAUCUAGCAAACGGAAGGACUGUCCUCUCACUUGCUUAUCUGCUUUCGAAGUAUGAGGAUGUCAAGAUCUACUUUGUCUUGCCUGAGGUGGUUAAAAUGAAGGAUGACAUAAAAGACUUUCUGACAUCAAAGGGAGUGAAGUGGGAAAAAAGUGAUGAUCUAAUGGAAGUUGCUUCUAAAUGUGAUGUGCUGUACCAAACUCGUAUUCAGCGAGAAAGGUUUGGAGAGCAAACUGAUCUUUACGAAGAAGGUCAAGGAAAGUACAUUGUAGAUGGGGCUGUCUUGGGUGUGAUGCAAAAGCAUGCUGUGGUUAUGCACCCUCUCCCAAGGCUUGACAAGGAAAAGUUAAAGAUCUUGACAUACUUUGUUGUGGAGUUUGUAGAAACUUAUCUGGUCUUCCAAGAAGAUGUUCGCCACCAUCACAAGUUACAACUCGAAGAUACUUCACGUUAA